CGGACCGCGGAGCGCGGAGCGAACUCAGCGCGGAGCCCGGAGCCCGGAUUGAGACACCGCGGGACGGGACGGAGCGAUGUCGGGCCGUGGCGCGGGCGGGUUCCCGUUGCCCCCGCUGAGCCCUGGCGGCGGCGCGGUUGCCGCGGCCCUGGGAGCACCGCCUCCGCCAGCGGGACCCGGCAUGCUGCCCGGACCGGCGCUAAGGGGGCCGGGGCCGGCUGGAGGCGUGGGGGGCCCGGGGGCCGCCGCCUUCCGCCCCAUGGGCCCCGCGGGCCCCGCAGCACAGUACCAGCGGCCUGGCAUGUCACCUGGGAGCCGGAUGCCCAUGGCUGGCUUGCAGGUGGGACCCCCUGCUGGUUCCCCAUUUGGUACAGCUGCUCCACUUCGACCUGGCAUGCCACCCACCAUGAUGGAUCCAUUCCGAAAACGCCUGCUUGUGCCCCAGGCCCAGCCCCCGAUGCCUGCCCAGCGCCGGGGGUUAAAGAGGAGGAAGAUGGCAGAUAAAGUUCUACCUCAGCGAAUUCGGGAGCUUGUCCCAGAGUCUCAGGCGUACAUGGAUCUCUUGGCUUUUGAGCGGAAGCUGGACCAGACCAUUGCUCGAAAGCGGAUGGAGAUCCAGGAGGCCAUCAAAAAGCCUCUGACGCAAAAACGAAAGCUGCGGAUCUAUAUUUCCAAUACGUUCAGUCCCAGCAAGGCAGAAGGUGACAGUGCAGGAAGCGCAGGGACUCCUGGGGGGACCCCAGCAGGGGACAAGGUGGCUUCCUGGGAACUCCGAGUAGAGGGAAAACUGCUGGAUGAUCCUAGCAAACAGAAGAGGAAGUUUUCUUCAUUCUUUAAGAGCCUUGUCAUUGAGCUGGACAAGGAACUGUACGGGCCUGACAACCACCUAGUGGAGUGGCACCGGAUGCCCACCACCCAGGAGACAGAUGGCUUCCAAGUGAAACGGCCUGGAGACCUCAAUGUCAAGUGCACCCUCCUGCUCAUGCUGGAUCAUCAGCCUCCCCAGUACAAGUUGGACCCCCGACUGGCGAGGCUGCUGGGGGUGCACACACAGACGAGGGCUGCCAUCAUGCAGGCCCUGUGGCUCUAUAUCAAACACAAUCAGCUGCAGGACGGCCACGAGCGCGAGUACAUCAACUGCAACCGCUACUUCCGCCAGAUCUUCAGUUGUGGCCGACUCCGUUUCUCUGAGAUUCCCAUGAAGCUGGCUGGGCUGCUGCAGCAUCCAGACCCCAUUGUCAUCAAUCAUGUCAUUAGCGUGGACCCGAACGACCAGAAGAAGACCGCCUGUUAUGACAUUGACGUGGAGGUGGAUGACCCGCUCAAGGCCCAGAUGAGCAAUUUUCUGGCCUCUACCACCAAUCAGCAGGAGAUUGCCUCUCUUGAUGUCAAGAUCCACGAGACCAUCGAGUCCAUCAACCAGCUGAAGACCCAGAGGGAUUUCAUGCUCAGCUUUAGCACUGACCCCCAGGACUUCAUCCAGGAAUGGCUCCGUUCCCAGCGCCGGGACCUCAAGAUCAUCACUGAUGUGAUUGGGAAUCCUGAGGAGGAGAGACGAGCUGCCUUCUACCACCAGCCCUGGGCCCAGGAAGCAGUGGGGAGGCACAUCUUUGCCAAGGUGCAGCAGCGAAGGCAGGAACUGGAACAGGUGCUGGGAAUCCGCCUGACCUAACUGCUCAGGGAUCCCUUUCUUCCCAGCCCUGGAGCCACCCCCUCCUCGGCCUGGAAGGGGACCACCCUCUGGAGUGCCGACACUUAGGAUAAGGAGGGGGUGAGAGGUGUCUCCUGACACUCUCUGCUCCCAGCUUUCGUUUCAAAAUGUAGUGAUAGGAUUCCUUGUUGCUUGGUCCCCAAAGCCUUAUUAUUUUACACGUUGGCUUUAAUUGGGUUCACAGGAGGCCUUCUCUGCCCCCUGCAGGCAGGCCCGAGUAGGACCUGGAGGCUGUGCUUUGACAUUGUAAGGAGACCUUUCAGAACCAAAGGCCACUCUGGCUUUGCUUGUUUACAGACCCCCUGAGGGCGAGUGUCGGAGCUGGCUCUGGGGAGCUGGGCGAGGAAGAGGGGCACAGCUCACACUCUUCCUAGCCUUUCCAAACCAAAGUUCUUUGCCAUUCCUACCAGCCCAGCCUUGCUGCUGGCUUUUUCCUUUCCUUUGGGUAUUUGCACUAUUUGUGGAGCAGGUUUUUCUAUGCGGGAGCCACUUUUUAUACAGGGGUAAGCUGGGGUUUUUCAGGGAGCCCUACUUGGUGCCUCCUUCCUUCUUUUCUUUCCUUGAUCUAUGCAAGCGGCUCCAGCCGCCAUCAUCUCCUGGGAUGCCAGAGGGCCGCCGCCCCGGCUCUUGGGCUUGGGGGGAGCACCUCUUAGAGGAAGGGUGCACUCUAUUCUCGGGCACGGCCUGAGGUGUGGGUGUGCGGGCUUGCUGGAGGGCAGGGUGAGAAGAGGAGCAGUGGGCAGGACUGCUGUUGCCCUUUGGAGCUCGGUAAGGAGGGUGGGUGGGCCUAGGGCUUGGCAAGUGCCACUUCUGGCAGGUUUGGAAAUUUCCAAAUAAAUCUUUUGUUUAUUGGUGGUACCCAG